CGCACCGGCAGCGCGAUGGCGGCGGCGAGGCGGGGCGGGCGCGGAGCGGAGGCGGGCACGGCUGCCCCAGCGCCGGGCCGAAAGCGCCGGUGGAGGCCCGUCCUGCUGCGCACCGUCGUGGGCAGCGUCCAGGAGGGACGAGGAUUUGCGUUUCGGAGGAAACAAAAGAUUGAAAGACAGUACAGGAGAUUAUUGAGAAGGGGAAGAAAGGUCCAUUCCCAACAGGAUGAUCAGUUUACUGAUACCUAUCCAGAGCACUUGAAACAUCUUUACCUGGCAGAGGAAGAAAGGCUUAAGAAGCGGAGGCACAGGACACCAGAGGAUUCAGUGUUACCAGAAGAAAAGCCUAAUAAAGCAGAAGAGUCAGUUGUGACUCAAGGGAAGUUUAAGAAGAAAACAUCCAAUCAGAAGGCAAAGGAAGAGUAUGAGAAAAUAAAGGCUGAGCGUGCUAGGAAGAAAGAGGAAGCAGAAAAAAGAAAACAACAAAGAGAAGAAGCUCAACGAUUGUACAAGCAAAAGAAAAUGGAAGCUUAUAAAAUAUUGAGUAAGAAGACCAAAAAAGGACAACCAAAUCUAAACUUACAAGUAGAGUUUCUUCUUCAGAAAAUACAGCAAAAUACCUGAACCUCUGCAUAUAUUUGAGUUAUGUGUGGACAUUUUAUUAAAUUACUUUUAAUAAAUAAUGUUAUUUUGCUUCUACAUUACUUUUGGUUUUUGUUUGAUUUAUCUCAUAAGUCCUGUAGUGAUACAUAUUUAUCCUGAAAAUAUUCUAUGCUGUGAGUAAGAGAGAUCUGGUACCUUGAAAAUAAAUGGUCUGUAUUUCUAAAGUUAAAUUCUAUUAGCUACCUGACAUCUUGGAUUCAAAAUCAAUAGGGCCCGGUACCAUCUGAACAUGAGUCUAACACUUCCUGCAAUUGUGACUACUGAAUUACACUUGCUUGAGAAGACUCAAGUGAUACAUGGGACAUAUUUGAUGUCUCAUGAACUACCAGUUCUGAGAGCUUGUUUUAUGUGUGUUUGGAUAGGGUUUGGCACAUGAAAACAGAGAACAUACACUAUACUUGGAUGGCUAUUAUUCAUCAUUCUGCACAAAGAAGAAAACUUACAAAAGGUCCAAAAAUGUUUUGAAUGUAAAGAUCUCAUGGACUUGAUACAUACUUUGUGCUUGGUGAUUUUUACUGGCUAUGCUGGAUCAGGUAGAUGGGUUUUGGUAUACUGAGCAUAUCAAGUUUAAAUCUUUGCUCUUUGGAACAUCUUUAGAAAAAGAAUUCUUUUAAACUUUGAUUUGUAGAUGCAAUUAGUGAUCUUUGACCUAACAAAGUGAAAGCAUUCUUUGUAACUGUAAUAAGUUUCCAAUACAACAAGUAAACUAUUUUCCUUAAGUUUAUACAGGAGAGUACUAUUAUACUUUUUCCUUUAUUUCAGUCUACUUUGGCAACCAAGAAAUAAUACUGAGGUUUUUCCACAUAUAAUAAAGAUUAGGUAGACAUUAAAGGAAUAUGUUGGAAGAAAUUUCUUAGGAUGCACUUCAUAAUAUUUGCAGUACAUUUACAGUAUUGCAGUAUUAUUUGUAGUAUUACAUUAUCUCAUUUAGAAGUUGAUGUCAACUGCAAAGAAGUCCUUAUUUAAAAUGCGUAGGAAAACCAGUUUUGAAUUGUAUGACAAGCGCUGUUAAAUAAGGAAUAGUUUAGGAGUUUGAGUAGGCUGAAAUGGUACUUGUGUCAGUAUCCCAAGGCUUUUCCACCUCAUUUUGUUAUACUUCUUGCAAGGCUUUAAAUCCUCAUGCUGUAAUGUCAUCUGGAAAACCUGUACACAAGCCGUAAGUUACUGCACCAACAUAAAGUGUGGGAGCUUUUCCUGAAAUGGGCGUGUCCAUUCUAUGAGAAAAAGGGUGUGUAAAUUUAACAUGCUUAUUCUGUUUAAAACUCUUC